UCAUGAAUGCAGUUAGAAUCAAACCUGAAAUGGCCCCGAAUGAUGUCGUGCUCAAUGUCAAAUUGUACUAUGGCAUUGACAUCAGCUAUUUUGUUGCUUGGAAGGCACUUGCUGCGGGGAAGCAUCAUGUGUUUGGUGACGCUACGACUUCGUACUCGUACUUGCCCUUGUAUUUUGAAGAGCUUGGGCGUAGCAAUCCGGGCAGCGUGUACCAUCUUGAUGUCGAUCCAGUAUCAAUGAAGUUUAAGAGGUGUUUUUUUGCUUUUGAAGGGAGUUUUUCAGGGUUUAAGGCAUGUCGACCUAUGCUGGCUCUUGAUGGGACCUUUUUGUCUGGAAAACACAGGGGAAUCCAUCUAAGUGCGUUGGGGAAAGACAGUGAAAACGGUUUGUUUCCAGUAGCUUUUGGAAUAGUGAACGAGGAGACUGACGACAACUGGGCGUAUUUUCUACGACAUUUAAAAACUGCUAUUGGAACAGAUCGCGUGCUCACAUUCUUAUCAGAUCGUAACCAUGGAAUUUUGCGCGGUGUGAAGGAAAUUUUCCCUGAUUGUGGACACAUAUUUUGCCUUGUCCACCUGCAGAACAACCUAUUGCACAAGUGUAGAGGCUGCCCGACUAAUUUUCGAGAGGGUAUUGUUGCUAAAUUCAAUGCUUGUGCGUAUGCACCCACGAAGAUUGAGUUCCAUCAGAAAUUGAAUGAGUUGAAAGAAUAUGGAGGCGCAAGGGUAGAUAAUUUCAUUGCUGACUUACCCUUUGUUAACUGGACAUGUUCGUAUUUUGUCGGAGAUCGGCAUAAUGAGAUGACCUCAAAUGCUGCUGAGUCGUGGAACUCGAAGAUCAAGGGUGCUCGUGAUUUUCCUAUCACAAAUUUUAUCGAUUAUAUCAGGGGUGAAGUCAUGAUAAAUAUUAGCAUUAGGGCUGAGGAAGGGGCGACGAUGACGACGGAGCUUAGCUCCAAAGUCCAUGAGCAGGUGGAUCAGUUGGUUCAAGAAGGUAGAGUAUGGGUAGCGAGGAAGUCGUCGGAUCAUAUGUUUGAGGUUCUGUGCGACCCAACUGCAGUUGUUGAUAUAAAAGAAAGGGUGUGUUCGUGUAGGAUGUGGCAGAUCACUGGAUUGCCUUGUGCUCAUGCUGCUUGUGUGUUGUUCAAUAAUUCUAAUGAGGGCUAUAAAUACGUUGACAAAUAUUAUCGCACCGAGUCAUACCGGGAGACUUACUCGCACCCUGUUGUGCCAUUUGUGCAGCCUACGAUUGACAAUAAUAUGCCGAUUGUUGGGCCCCCUGACCACCACGUUCGUAGAGGGAGGCCUAAGUCAAAAAGAAUACCAUCGAAGGGAGAGAAGAUCAAACGGAAGAUCAAGUGCAGUCGGUGCAACCGAAUUGGAUACCACAACAAGAAGACGUGUUUGAUGGCCAUUAUAGGGGGUUGA